UGAGCCACUGCUUUCAGUGAUCAGUAAUAAGGACCGGUGAAGUAUUGUACAGUAUGUCAGGAUUCAUACGUGCCUCGCUGUGACAAAAGUAAGCCGGGACAACACUGAUAUCACCAAAGACCUGGAUCGGGAAUCAAGCGUGCUCUUGCUGCUUCAACAAGUAAUUGGGUCAGAGGACCUUUGACCUGAAAUGUAAAGCUUGACCUUGUCCAUGUCAGGUGAGACAGAGCCAAAGCCCUACCUGUACAGGGGCGAGUCUGAGUCCCCGUGUGGCUCCAUGUCUCACCUGCACCACAUGGGCGUGGCCUCUGAGGGGAGUGACAGCAGUCACGACCCACCCACUUCUCCGAGGCCUCAAACACAGAUGCAUGAGGACAUGGAGAUGGGCGGAAGUGGCUCUAGUGGAAGUGGCACAGAAUCUCACGGUAACGAGUCCCACAGUACUGAAUCACAUGGAAAUGAGUCUGUGGGGAGUUCCAGUGGAAACGGAAAAGAUUCUGCAAUCAUGGCAUCAUCAGGGAGUAACAAGAGCUCAAACUCUCAAAGUCUUUCACCUCCCAGUAGCAACAAUGCAUUCAGCUUGGUCAGUUCAGAGCAAGACAACCCAUCAACCAGCGGCUGCAGUAGUGAACAGUCAGCAAAGGCUAAGUCUCAGAAGGAGCUUUUUAAGACCUUAAAAGAGCUGAAAUAUCACCUCCCUCAUGACAAACGCAGCAAGGGCCGGGCAAGCACACUUCACACACUCAGAUAUGCACUGCGCUGCGUCAAACAAGUCAAAGCCAAUGAAGAGUACUAUCAGAUGCUUAUGAUCAAUGACAGUCAGCCCUCAGGUCUGGACGUGUCCUCAUAUACUAUUGAAGAAAUCAACAGUAUUACCUUAGAAUAUACCCUCAAAAAUGCUGAUAUUUUUGCAGUUGCGGUGUCCUUGAUCACAGGAAAGAUCGUGUACAUUUCGGAACAGGCUGCAGGGAUCUUGAACUGCAGAAAAGAUGAGUUCAAAGACAGAAAGUUUGUGGAGUUUCUGACACCUCGUGAUGUCAGUGUGUUCUACAGUUUUACAACACCAUACAGACUUCCAUCUUGGAGCAUGUGCACCGGAACAGAGUCAUCAUCGACUGAGUUCAUGCAGGAGAAAUCCUUCUUCUGUCGAAUCAGUGGUGGUAAAGAGAAGGAAGGAGAUCUGCAGUACUAUCCAUUCAGGAUGGCCCCAUAUUUAAUGAAGGUUCAAGAUUCAGAGCUCUCUGAGGAACAUUUCUGCUGCCUCAUUUUAGCUGAGAGAGUUCACUCUGGAUAUGAAGCGCCAAGAAUUCCACCUGAUAAGAGAAUCUUCACCACAACACACACGCCAAACUGUGUGUUUCAAGAUAUUGAUGAAAGGGCAGUGCCUCUGUUAGGAUUUCUGCCUCAGGACUUGAUUGGGACACCUCUUCUGUUACACCUGCAUCCCAGUGACAGACCUGUAAUGCUGGAUGUGCACCGGAAAAUUCUGCAGUAUGUUGGGCAGCCAUUUGAUCACUCCUCGAUCCGAUUCUGUGUGAGAAAUGGAGAAUAUGUUACUCUAGACACAAGCUGGUGUAGCUUUGUAAACCCAUGGAGCCGCAAGGUGUCCUUUGUUAUUGGACGACACAAAGUUCGCAUGGGUCCAAUGAAUGAGGAUGUGUUUUCAGCUCCGGCUUUUACAGAGGAAAAGAUCAUGGAUUCAGAUAUACAGGAAAUUACUGAACAGGUUCACAGACUGCUUCUACAGCCAGUCCACAGUAUGGGGUCCAGUGGUUAUGGCAGUCAUGGCAGCAAUGGUUCUCAUGAGCACCUGCUGAGCAUAGCGUCCUCUAGUGACAGUAAUGGAAAUGCAAACACAGCAAACAGUGGGAGCAGGAUCAACGGAAAUACCAGAAAGGAAGAGAGCGAAAGCAAACCGAGGUCAUUUCAGGAGAUUUGUAAAGGGGUUCACAUGAUGAAAGCUCAGGAACAGCAAGGCUCCUCUUCAAAAGCAGAACAGAAAAACAGUGAUGGUGGUAAAGAGAAGGAAGGAGAUCUGCAGUACUAUCCAUUCAGGAUGGCCCCAUAUUUAAUGAAGGUUCAAGAUUCAGAGCUCUCUGAGGAACAUUUCUGCUGCCUCAUUUUAGCUGAGAGAGUUCACUCUGGAUAUGAAGUUCUGCAGUAUGUUGGGCAGCCAUUUGAUCACUCCUCGAUCCGAUUCUGUGUGAGAAAUGGAGAAUAUGUUACUCUAGACACAAGCUGGUGUAGCUUUGUAAACCCAUGGAGCCGCAAGGUGUCCUUUGUUAUUGGACGACACAAAGUUCGCAUGGGUCCAAUGAAUGAGGAUGUGUUUUCAGCUCCGGCUUUUACAGAGGAAAAGAUCAUGGAUUCAGAUAUACAGGAAAUUACUGAACAGGUUCACAGACUGCUUCUACAGCCAGUCCACAGUAUGGGGUCCAGUGGUUAUGGCAGUCAUGGCAGCAAUGGUUCUCAUGAGCACCUGCUGAGCAUAGCGUCCUCUAGUGACAGUAAUGGAAAUGCAAACACAGCAAACAGUGGGAGCAGGAUCAACGGAAAUACCAGAAAGGAAGAGAGCGAAAGCAAACCGAUACAAGCAUGGUAUUGUUUGAAUAUGUAUGCAUUCGUGAAUUGUGUAUUUCACAGAUAUUUGGAGAGCUGUAACGUCCCAAACACAGUAAAACGGAAGUAUCAGUUCUCCUCAAACACCACCUCCUCAAAUUCGGAUGAGGACAAGAAAGCCUCUGAUGCCAGUCUACAGCAAACUGAUGAUUCUCUAGGUAUGGAAGCACCAUCUUCAAUCUCUAUAAAGACCAAUGAAAAGCCUCCGCCAGGUCCUGCCCCAGGUCGUGUUGUCGGAGGGCCUUUAUCUCCUUUGGACCUAGCCAGCAAAGCAGACAGUGUAGUUUCUCAAGGUUCCUACAGCAGCACAAUUGUACAUGUGGGAGACAAAAAAACACAGCCAGAAUCAGAGAUCAUUGAGGAUGCUGCAGAAAGCCCAGCCCCUUCUACACCUGUUAGUGUGAUUUCCCCACCCACAGUGGAGCAGGAAGCCUAUAAGAAGCUGGGACUCACAAAACAGGUGCUGGCAGCGCACACACAGAAAGAAGAGCAAGCAUUUCUCAGUCGGUGUAGGGAACUUCGGAACGGUCAAGCCCUUCAGAAGGAUUGCCCACCUAGCACACAAAGAAACCGAGGACAGGCUGCCGAGGGAGCUUGUGGAUCCAAAGCAGGAGCAGGUGUCCCUGUUACAGAGGCCACCACCAAGAAAACCUGGCGCACCAAAAAGUCGAAGAAAACACGCACAAAACAUCCUGAUUCAUCAGAUAAUGCUGCGUCUCAGCACAGACCUCUCCCACCCCUGCAGGGUUUAAACCAGACAUCUUGGUCUCCCUCCGAGACAUCACAGUCUGGGCUUUCAGUUCCAUUUUCAACUGUGGUUCCAGGAUAUCCUCUCUACCCUGUAGUUCCCUCUGUUGCCCCACCCCAAGCCCCUACAGGAAUAGCAGAGUCCCAGAACACUCAGGCCACGCCCUCUACGGCUGCAUAUCCUACACCAUUAGUCACACCAGUUGUAGCGUUUGUUUUGCCCGGUUUUAUGUUGCCACAGAUAGGCACAGCACCUCGCUCUCCAUUCUAUGCUGACGCUCCACAAGCCUACAGUGCACUCUUUCAGACCCAGCAGUCCUACAAUGGUCAGCAGCCCUUUCAGCCCCAGCAAGCCUACAAUACCCUUGCAGCCUCAACAAGUCUACACCGACCAACAAGCAUUUCAGCCACAACAAGCCUACAGCACCACGCAGCACCUUCAAAACCCUCAAGGCUGCAGAACUCACCAGUGCUUUCAGACCCAUACCUCCUUCACUUCCCAGCAGCCAGCAUUUACACCCCAGACAGAUUUUCAGUAUGGAAUGACAUCUGACCCAAAACACUCCGCCAUUGUGUCCACAGAGUGUCCUUCUCCUUUGCCACCCCCUCAAUCCCCCCCACUAUUUGAGUCUCGCUGUAGUUCUCCAUUGCAGCUGGACUUGCUUCAGAUGGAGGAAAAGCAGGAAUCUCAUACCGCAGCACCCCAGUCCAGCACCCAGGGUAAUUGCAGUUUAGUACAGGACAAAAACAGCACAUCCAUCAAUAGCACUUCUUCUGCGAUGGAUGACUUACAGCAGGCAUGUUGUUCGGGUAACGGUGGCCACUGUGGUGACCACUCCUCAUCCAGCAGUGUGUUGGACAUGUUGUUGCAGGAAGACUCUCAUUCUGGCAUAGGCUCUGCCAUGUCAGCAUCUACUGGCUCCACUUCCAAUGACUGCAACACUUCUAAUAGUGGAACAGGAAGCAACACAAGCAAGUAUUUUGGCAGUGUGGACUCCUCAGAGAACAAUCACAAGAGCGAAGACAUAAAGGAACAGGAGGAGAAUUUUAAGUAUGUUCUUCAAGAGCCUGUUUAGAGAUUUACAGCCAGUGAUGAUGACUGUCAUGAUGACCUAUCAAGUGCCAUCAAGGGAUAUGGAAAAGGUUCUGGGGGAAGAUCGGGAGUGUUUAAGGCGCAUGCAGAAGAACCAGCCCUGUUUCUCUUCAGAACAGCGUAGAGAACUGAUUGAUCAACACCCCUGGAUGAGGAGAGGAGCGUUACCCAAUGUCAUCAAUGUCAUGGAGUGUAUGUACUGCGAGAAUUACGUCUCUGCCCUGCUAGAAGACCUACCCGAUAUGGAGGUUGGCAUUUUGGGAGGAGAAGUGGUACAAGAUGCCAACGAAUGGGUCUCAUUCACAGGAAGAGAAGGAGCAACCUAGUGUAUAAUCUGAAAAUGUACCACUAAUCUCUGCCAGCAGAGGGCAACAGGACCUUUCAGGUUCCCACCUGUACACACAAAGUAAAAUUGUCAUGGGGUAUCUACUCUGAUAUCCUUUGUCAUUUUAAAAGAUUAUGAAUGUGUUUAUUUAUUUAUUUAUGUGUGUGUGUGUGUGUGUGUGUGUAGACAAAAGUAUGCCAGAUAAGCUGACUGAUUAACCCAAAGAUGCUGUUCAAAUGUGCAAACUCCGAUUGGAUGGAACCGCUGUCACAUGGACCUAACCUGCUCCGUGGUUCUGUCUCUUUAUAGUUUUUCCAGUUCACUUGUACUGUUUGAAUAUGUUGCUACAGCAAAGUUUUCUUCAGUGGAUUGAUGCUCUGUGCAGAAAUCGCCAGACUGUUUGUACCAGCUAACAGUGGAAUGAAGUGUAGUGCAUCAUAAAUAAAUGAAAAAAGUAAGUUUUUCAUUAUAAACACAAGUUCUAUUGUGAACACAACAGUAUAUGGGCCAAUACAAAUGCAUUUUGCUAAAAAUCAAAACCAGGAAAUGAAACACCGAUAUACUGUUUAUUUGGGGACCAUUCCAGCCAAAUAAGCUGCUGCCAAAGCUCCUGUGACCAGUCUUACAGGACCCUUGUGUCAUUUUGUCAGAGGACAGCAAGUAUUUGUUGCAUGUCUUCAGGGAUGUGCAAUCAUGGAAACUAAUAUUUUUGUAGAUGUCUUUUGUAAGUCAUAAAAAAUUGAACAUGGACUUAUCAUCUUUCUUUCUUUCUCUUACCCUUUCUUUCAUGUCUUCUUUUGGCUAUACAAAUGUGACCCUGGACCA